AUGAGCUUCCGUCAAGCCCUCAGACCCUUCCGUCGCACCAUGUCCGGUGAAAAGAUCUACGAAGGCGUAUUCGCCGUCCACAAACCCCAAGGCGUCUCCUCCGCCGACGUCGUCCGCACCCUCCAAACGCACUUCAACCCCUCCAAGCUCUUCGCCCCCUGGCUCGCCGACGAGCGCGCCCGUCGCGCCCGCGAAAGCAACUUUCAGCGCAAGCGCCGCCGCACGCAGCGUCUCGACGUCAAGAUUGGCCACGGAGGCACCCUCGACCCCCUGGCGACCGGCGUUCUCGUCGCGGGCGUCGGCAAGGGCACGAAACAUCUGAACGAGUUCUUGGGAUGCACCAAGCAAUACGAGACCGUUGUGCUGUUCGGCGCCGAGACCGAUACCUAUGAUCGACUGGGAAAGGUGGUGCGCAAGGCGCCCUACGAGCAUGUGACGAGGGAGAUGGUGGAGAAGGCAUUGGAGCAGUUCCGUGGGAAGAUCAUGCAACGGCCACCGAUCUUCUCGGCGCUCAGGGUCAAUGGAAAGAAGCUUUAUGAGUAUGCGCGCGAGGGCAAGGAGCCGCCGAUUGAGAUCCAGAAGAGGCCGGUUGAGGUCACGGAUUUGAGGAUCCUGGAGUGGUAUGAGCCUGGGACGCAUGAGUUUAAGUGGCCGGAGGCUGAGGCUGAGGGCGAGGAGAAGGCUGUCGCGGAGAAAUUGUUGGCGAAGGAGGACGAGUUGCCCGUUGUGGAGAAGGAGGGUGAGGGAGAAGGAGAGGCCUCUGCGAAGAGAAAGUCCCCGCCUGCGGAGGAUGCUCAGGAGAAUGUUGAAGGUGGUGAUGCUGAGUCUGCUCCAUCGGCGAAGAAGCAGAAGGUUGCGGAGGGUGAGGCUGCUCCUGUUGAGCCGGCCGAGCAGGAGUCUUCGGAGGCUCCCAAGGAGGAAGCUAAGGAGGAAGCCUCCGAGUCCAAGCCCCAGUCCCAGCCUCAGCCGGCUGCGGUGAAGAUCACCAUGACGGUGUCGUCUGGUUUCUAUGUGCGCUCGUUGGCGCACGAUCUGGGCAAGGCGGUCGGAAGCUGCGGUCUGAUGAGCUCGCUCAUCCGGUCCCGUCAGGCCCAGUUCGAACUUCACCCGGACAAGGUGCUCGAGUACAAGGACCUCGAGGCCGGCGAGGAGGUCUGGGGUCCCAAGGUUCAACAGUUCCUUGAGGACUGGGAGGAACAGCGACUGGCUCGGCCGUCGUCCCCGCGUUCCCCGAAACAGAAUUAG